AUGGGCAUCUCUCUACGAGAAUUCAUCCGGUGGCUCCCAGACGAGGCGAGCGAGCCGACGUCCACGAUAGUGGUCACGUCUCCGGGCCAGCAUCUGUUUGUGGACAUUCGCGUAAUUCGUCCCGCCGGAGAGACGGGGGCCUGGCCAACAGAAGACGUGACCGUCUUACCAGACCAGAUAGACUGGGCUAUUGCGGGGACGUCGUCGUCCCGCCCUGUCGACGGCAAGGGAGCAGGCGUGACGCACGGCCAGUGGCGCCACUGGAUCGAUUCGCGCACCAAGGAGACGGAGGGAGUCAUAGACGAGGGCGACAACUACCCAGUCCCGUCGGACGGCAACCUCACCCUCGAAAAGGGGGUCAUGGUCAACCCUGCGACGGGCGAGAUGACAGAGUACGAGGAGAUGUGGCGCGACGUGGAGCCCGGGACGACGGCGGCGGGGAACGCAAAGUGUGUCGUCGCGCGGUUCGACAAGGCCGACGAUCAUAGGGGGCUGAUUGUCCUGUUUGGACGGUAUUGUCAGGGUAUCGUGAGGAGAGGGGGUGAUGUCGCAAUAGAGAGGUGGGAGUGGGUGGAUGGGUCCGGGUGGAAGAGGACGGUCCAUGGGGGCGCGGGACCUGGACUUCCGUGUGAGAGGAUAUUGGCGGAUAGUGCUUCACUUAAGGUGGGAGGGACGGUGGAUGUUGGUCAUGAGAAGUGGGAGGUGGUUGAGGUUGAAUAUACGUAG